AUGCCUAUCGCGACCCAAGAAGACCAGCCUCUCUUCCCUACUACCCUCAUCUCGCCCCUCGUCUCCGACGUCCUUCCGAAAGGGUACUCGAUCCGCCCGGUACAACGCUCCGACUUCCACCGGGGCUACCUCGACGUGCUGCGCGUUCUCACAACUGUCGGUGACGUGAGCGAAGAUGCCUGGAAUAAGCGAUUCGACUGGAUCUCCUCCCGGAACGACGAGUACUACCUCCUUGUUAUCGUAGACGAGGAAGACAAUAUUGUUGCGACAGGGAGUCUGAUUGUUGAACGCAAGUUCAUCCACUCCCUGGGGAUGGUCGGGCAUAUUGAAGACAUUGCUGUUGAGAAGGGGCAGCAAGGGAAGAAGUUGGGGCUUAGGGUCAUCCAGGCGUUGGAUUUUGUGGCCGAGAAGGUUGGGUGUUAUAAGACUAUCUUGGAUUGCUCCGAGACAAACGAAGGGUUCUAUAUCAAGUGUGGGUUCAAGAGGGCUGGUUUGGAGAUGGCUCAUUACUAUUAG